CUUUUCCGGUGUGUUUGUGAAGUGCGUGAGACGUCUGCCACAGGCUUCUUAAGAUGGGCGCGUACAGAUAUAUUCAGGAAUUAUAUCGUAAAAAGCUGAGCGAUGUUAUGCGUUUCCUCUUACGUGUCAGAGUAUGGCAAUAUCGUCAGUUGACUCGUAUGCAUCGUGCCCCAAGGCCUACUAGGCCUGACAAGGCAAGAAGAUUAGGAUACCGUGCUAAGCAAGGUUAUGUGAUCUUUAGGAUCCGCGUGCGUCGCGGUGGCCGCAAACGCCCGGUGCCAAAGGGUGCCACUUAUGGUAAACCCAAGAGUCACGGUGUAAAUCAGUUAAAACCUACACGCAACCUACAAUCCAUUGCAGAGGAAAGAGUUGGCCGUCGUUGUGGUGGGCUCCGUGUAUUGAACUCCUAUUGGGUAGCACAAGACUCUUCUUACAAAUACUUCGAAGUUAUAUUGGUUGAUCCUUCUCACAAGGCCAUUCGUCGUGACCCUAAGAUCAACUGGAUAGUGAAUGCUGUUCAUAAACAUCGUGAGAUGCGUGGUCUCACUUCGGCCGGACGCAGUUCUCGAGGUCUUGGCAAAGGCCAUCGAUACUCCCAAACCAAGGGUGGUUCCCGCCGUGCCGCAUGGAUCCGUCGCAACACGCUGCAACUGCACCGCAAGCGAUAGACAUACAACAGAAUAUGCUAUUGACUUUCUAUCUGUUUUCAUUAUUCAAUUUGUUAGUAUUCUCAGAUGGAAAGGCAAAAGACAAUACAUUUUAAUUUAACCC